AUGUCAUCAAGAAUCAAUCUUCAGUUUUUACUUCUGACUCUCUUCCUUUCUUAUGCUUCAGGUGAGUUCAAGCUUUUCUAUCAACAAACAGCACGGAUUCACUUUGUUGCGGAUUAGACAUUUACUGUAGAAGUGUUGAAAAACAUAGCCUGGGUCUACUGUUAAUAAAACUGAAACUAUGGGAUCGGUUAGUUAAAGUCGUGUUAGCACUGAACAGCUCAGGAGCUACUUGAGGACGAGGACAUGGCUGACCUAAACAGCCUACAUGUAUUGAAAUGUUUUGUCAUGGUAGUAGGGAUACAGCUCAAUUUAUCCCACUCCUCUGGUCAACUUACCCCAUACACUGGGUAAGUUGACCAUAGGAGACCACUUUUUUUUGGCAUGCUAUAUUAUCAAGAUAGUCAUGUUUACACUCAUUUUGUUGGUUUGCAGGGAUGCACAACAUCUUUAAAUAUAUGCAAAUACACUAGUUAGAAACAAAACUAUGAUUGCCUUGAUGUAGUGAUCCGAAAUAUGAAAAAUGGCUCCUCUUACCCCACUCUCCCUUAUAUGAAAGAAAAGGUCGUUGAUAUUAACUCUUGGUGUGGUAACAUGGCUCUGUUUGCUCAGCACAGGCUUUGUUAGUCAUAGGAGGAGCAAAGCCAAGCUGUCUGCCUAAUUCCCCGUCAUUGUUAGUCAUUGUGUUUUAGUUAACAGUGAUUAAAAGCACACUAAUAACAUUUAUCCAGACCAUGUUGUGUCCUACUUGGCAGAUUUCAAAGUAUUAUUCAUGAUUUAGCAUCUGUGGUUUUUAUCCAAAUCAUGCCUGUUUCCCUUAACAGCUUUUUUUUAUGCUUUUGUGUUUUGCACAGGAAUUCAAAGGCUAAAUGUAACCCCUGACAGAGGCACCACUUUCAACAUCAGCAGCAGUCAGGUCAAAGGAUGCCAAGUUUGCACAGGACCAGGAAAAUGUUAUACAUCCCUCCUGCUGAAAGAGAGCAAUCGUGUCUCUCUGGAGUUUAAGUGCUCUAGACCUCAGGAUGUGUUCAAUGUGGAAAUAGUGAGAAAUAUAGGUAAGAAGUCUGCAAUCUUUCUGAUUUAAAAAAUUACCGGCUGAAAAGUCAAAUCUUUGCUCAUAUCCAUAUUUGACCUGUUUUGUAUCUUUUUCAUAGAAUGUACCCCAAAGUCAUGCAGCAGCAACAUCAUCCAGGCAGACUACGGCUCGCUUCCUUUGCUGGAUUUUAACCGCAAGUUUACCUGGAACCUGGAGGCGUCCUCUUUUAAAGCUUUUAAAAUAGACUUUGACAAUGCAGGUUUUAGACAGAUUAACUCUUCUGAGAGAUGUUUAGACAGACACAGCUACACCCUCCAAGCCUCCCAGAACACAGGGAAUGUGGCUCUUGGGAAAUAUUGUAAAACAGGACCCAUCCAAAGUACUCAGAUACUGAGUCAGGGGAGCUUUUCUCUGGAAAUCCCAGCGGGGCAAAAGCUCCAAAGUGGUCAGUUUGGCUUGUCUGUUGGAGAGGAAAUCAAAUGUGAGUUAACUCAAUUUUCAGUGUUUGAAUAACUUGAUAUAUGCCGAAUGUCUCAUGCUUCAGACCUCCAGUUCUUUGACUGAUUGUGGGAUUUUUUUCCUCCCUCUCAUAGCUCUCGCAAAAAUUACUGUGAUGUUACCAAAAGGGACCUCAUCUACAGAGUUGCUAACCCCAAACUAUCCCCAUAGUUUCCCAGACGAUGAUGUGAUGGAAUGGUACUUUCAGGUCCCUGACAAACACAAGGCGACGGUUCAGUUCUCAAAUGUUACGCAGCCACGUUGUUUGAAGAAAGAGGCAGCAGUGGAGUAUCACAGCAGAGCCAGAGGGGCGUCGGUGCUGAAGCUGUCAGAACCCCAGCCAGAGCAGAAUCAGGGAAACUUUUCUCUGACACUGAGGAACUGUGAGAUGGACAGAAGACGAGCCGGAUCUCCUGGACUGAGUCUAAACCUCAGGGUGUCAUCAACUAAAAGUUCAUCAGGUGUGUAAAACAUGCACUUAAUGCUGCCUCUGGCUUUGAAUGCAUCACAGUUUUCUCUUUAUCCUUUGGCAAACCUGCUUAUAUACUAAGCCCGUUGAACAUUAUGUAUCAUAGCUAUGAAUUAUUUAUUGAAUAAUGUAGUCUGAUCAAGCCUUAGGUCAGUUGUCAUUUGAGGGUUUUCUGGGUUUACAGUACGUAUAAAAAUAAGUGAGAUUUCAUUUAAAUGGCCAGCUAAUUAUUCAUCUGAAAGUUAAACCUACUACGAUUAAUAUCUUUGUACUGAACAUGGGUGUAAUUACUAUGUUUGAUGUAAAUAUAGUGCUUGUGACACUGAGCCCACCAAAUUAAAGGAGUAGUUCACUUUUUAAGUAGGGCUGUAUGAGGUAUUAUGUCACUAUUACCCCCAGAGGAUGGUGGUCAGCUCUGACCCUUUGUUGAGAAAAGGGCUAGAAUGGAAGCUAAGCUAGGAAUCACUUCAGACAGGAUCAGCUCUAUCAUUUAAUUUAGCUUCACUUAACAAAUUCCAACAAAAACACCAUCUUUGGUGGUAAGUGCGUGCUGUAUUUGGAAUUUUUCCAGCACUUUGCCUUCAGAAAGCCCUUUUUUUUUUUUUGCUCUAAUUCCUGGACGUGACAUGUAGAUUCUUGCCCCUGCUGCUCAUCUGUCAUCUAAUCGGGUCUAUGAGGUAUGAUGUUGUAAAACUCACUCAAACAUUGUGAGUACUGAUUGAGAAAGGCGCAAGACUACCGAUGUUGCCAAGUUCUCCACAUGACUGAAGGUAGUUUUCUUGUUUGUGUUCAUGGGCCCACAUUCUACACACCUGCACCACUAGGUAAUUUGAGAACUCUUGAGUAAGCACAUGAGCGUCUCCACAUUUCCUGUAGUUUGUUGAGUCAUGCUUUUACUUUCUGAACGCCAGCUCAUAAAGUUUGUAAUUUGUGUCGAAAGUAAACAGCAUAUAGUCAUCGUGCUCAGAUUCACACACUUUUUAGUUGCGUUUUAUUUCUGUCUCCUUUGAAUCUCUGCAAACCCAGUAAGCUGAUCUCUGUGCUGCAGGCUGUGUUUGAGGAUAGUACAAAAAUAAAUUGACUUUGACAGCAAAGUCCUAAAAAGAUAUUUCCGUUUUUACUCAAAAAACAGUGUUUUCGGUUGGAGUAUAUUAAAAUAAGCUAUUUAAGUGGUAAAGCUAAACCUAUCUGCUAAGGUAGCAUAGCUUCUGUUCCACUUCCUCAGCUGCUUUCUAAACUAAGAGACCAAGCUGACCACCAUCCUUUUAAUGUGGUUAAUACACUUUCUAUUGACAGAUACCUCAGAGAAUAUAUUAAUAUAUAUAUAUUCCUUAACCACAGUUUAGUUAAUCCAUGUGCUAACUUUCAGGGUCCAUUAGCUAAGUAUCUUGGUUGUCAAGCACACAACUCAGCUGUUUUGGUUUGUUUACCACUAAUGUCAGUGUUUUUAGCUAUAGCAGUCAGGUAUCUGUUUGUUUGUUUUUUUACAGAAAAGGUCUGAAAAACAUGUUGCAUGCUAUCAUCAGUACAUUUAACUGCAAACAGAUAAACUUAAUGACUAGCCAACAAAGAUGUGGUGGAGCCCACUCAAGAAACUAAAGAAGUAAUUAUGUUUGAUAAAUAAAUAAGAUGAUCAAAUCUUUAAAAACUACUCUGUUGUCCGUCAGAAUUAGCUAUAGGUUUCCGAGGAAAUGUGUGGAGUUUCAGAAAAUAGUCUAAAGGAUUGAUAUUGUCUGCCCCUCAUGUUGCAGCAAGCCUGGAUCACUAAAUAUAAAUGAUCUGUGUUUUCUGUUCUACUAUCAUGUUCAAACAAGAGUUUAGUUUCAUUAACCAUGGGUGUGACAGAAUUCCCCUGCAUCUUUGAAACAGCCUCCCAGUCUGUGAUUAAUGAAAUAGUGACGUAGUGAGUGGGCCCUCUUGUCUCAAUCUGCGCCCUCAGGUGCAGAAUUAGGGGAGCUCUGAUGUUUCCUCAUCGCUCAUUUAGUCAUGAAUGACUGUGAUGACUCAUCACCUGGAAGCACUUCCUUCUGCUAUGAGGAAAUCCCUUCAGUUUUAGUGAUUCAAAUCACAGUCAAAUCACUGUUGGACAUGACUUUAACAAAGCAGGAUAUCAGCUUUAAUUCACAUAACCUCACAUUUGCAAUUGUGUGUUCAAUUUGUUUUCAGUGGUGUCCUGCAAAGUGGAUGUGAGCAAAUUGGAGGGCCUUACUCUGAACAUCGAGAGGUUAAGAUUGACCUCCGACUGCAAGAUGAAAAUAAACUCUGUGGAAAAGGAAAAGAUCACCAUCAUAUCGAACAGUGACCUUACUUUCCAGGACUGCCAGCCAGAGGAUGUACGAGUCUUUGCGACCAGAGUUAUAGGUAAAGAUUCAGUCUUUAGCAAACCUGCCCUUGGUUAUGUUAAAGACAGAGAUAUACACCUGUAUCUUUUUUUAAUCACAAAAUUCAAUCAAUCUGCAGAUUGAGAGUACAGAUAAGAUGGACAGUACAACAGGUGUGUAAUUUUUUUAACCAGUGGUAAUUCCCCUUCAACCCCCAACCCCUGCCCAAACCAGCAAUAAUUUACUUGUUUAUAACUCAGUACAAGGAUAAACAGAUAAAUAAUAGUUGACAAAACAAAACAAUCAUACUUUAAAACCAUGUAGAGCAAUUAUGUAAAAUACAUAAAACAUAAAAUAAGAAAGAGGACUGUUAGUCAUGCACAAUAUCAGCCUGUCAGCUAAAUCUCAAGCAAUGUCUGAACUUGAAAAGGUCACACCCCAAGUUGCAUGCGUCUACACUACUCCAUAUACACACCUUCACAUCACUGUCUGAUUAUUAAAUACAAACAAACAGUGCUGUCACUCGUAUCUUAACAAAGAUAUAUAUUUGCAUCCACAUGCCAUAUGGUAGAACACACAUUUUCAACAUGUCUUUUACUCUGUGUCUUCUUGGAGAGGAUAAAAUGUGCAAACUUUUACAGAUAGUUGCACAGUGUGCUGGAACACACUAAAGGUACUCAGCCUACAAUUAGAGAACGACCAUUAUUGAUUACUGUUUUUCCCUUUUUAUAAAGAUAAUAAUUUUCAUCUUUUUGACAUUAACACCCACAAAAAGUACUUUAACUGUAGAUUAUUUGAAAAGGUCUGAAUCUGAUAGUCAUUUAAUCAUUUGAUAAUGAGGUUUUGAGGUGCCACCAAGCUUUACAAAGAUUUAUACUGACUUAUCUGUGAUCUAAUGAACAGUGAAAUAAACAGUCUUUUUCAUCAUAAUUCAGACAGACUUGGUUUGUUCGUGUAGAUUUCAAGAUAAGAUUUUAAGAUUUUCACCAGUCAGCCUUGCUGAAACUGAUUUCCUGUUAACAGCAAUAAAUUCUGUUUAUCAUACUGAGUUUUUUCCUCAAAAAAUGUUGAGAGCAAUUUUUCAAGUGAUGUUGUUCUUAACUUUAAAUGAUCUUCAUACAGUUUUCAAACGCCUGUUUUUUCUUCAUUGUUAAAACCCAUUUCAUUUUUUUUUAUUUUAACUAUAUAGUCUCAUAACUUCCUAAAUGAAGACAUUUUUCACACUAUUUCAACAGUGUUUCUCUUUGGAGUCAUUGAUUUUGUCUCAAUAAACAGCUUCCACUUAUUCCUAUGGAUGAUAUCACCAUUGUCAAAUCAGACCACGGACAAAUACAUUUGCAAACAACAUUUUCUUGCAGUUAUUCACAGUUCUGUAUGUAUUACAAAUUAAGAACAAAAUGCUAAAAUAGUUUUGUUUAAUGCAAAAGUGGAGUUAAGUCAACGAUGGGAAGUAGGGGAAUGGCUUUAUUUCCAAUUCGAGUGACCUGACUCUGUAGUUGAUUCAUUGAUAUUUAGUCUACAUUGUGUUUUAAAUAAUCUCUUCUACCAUGUCAGAGUGCAGCAAACUGAAAGACUGCCCCGAGUCACCAGUCCGUCUGCCUUGCUCCCCUUCGAUGCCGUCCUGCCUCCCUGCUCCUCUGAGCACAGUGACCUGGACUCUUCGUCCCCCUCGAUAUGGCACCGUAGAGCUUACUUCUCCCUCUGGACCCCUCAAGCAGUCCCUACCUGGACAGCCCUGCAAUGAUAGCUUCAUUAUCAAAGCAAAUGAAGCUGAUGGCAGCAUUAUAGGACACUUCUGCCCUCAAGGUACCAUCAAGAAAAUCCAGAUCCACACAAAUGUGACUGUCACAGUUUCUACCCUUGGAGGAAAAGCUUCAAGAACCUCUUUGAAGCACGUGCUGGAAGCUAGAUUAAAAGAGGAAAUACCAGGUAACAAGAAAUGUUAAUCAUGUAAAGUUAUUAAAUGAGAUAAAUGCAUAUUUUUGAGAAAAGUGAAUAUUUCAAUCCCUUCUUCCCAACUCUUUUCCAGAAAGAUAUAUAUUCACUGUAUCUCCAAAGAAAGACACGCCUGUCUUGCUGGCUACUCCUGGUUGGCCAGUGGGAAUGAAGUCCCUCUCCACCGUCUCCUGGAUUGUCUCAGUUCCCCCAAGGAUGGAGGCCCGUCUGAUGUUUUCCAACCUCAGCCGGCCCAAAUGCAGCAACCGGCACACCAACAUCAGAGUGCAAAGAGUUGGCCGGCUGGAGGAGGACUACAGCCGCAGAGAGGACGAGGACGCUGAGGAAGAGAUCAUCGUCUCAGAGAGCUUCUACCUCAACAUGUCCAACUGUGAGCCUGAACGAGGGGACUUCAGUGUUAUCACCAAGAUCACCCUGCAGAGGAGCCAGAGUAAGAGGACUGCUCGAAUGCUUACUUUGGCCAUUUUAGUUAUUAAAACCCAGUUGUCAUUGGUGGGUCUUUGUAUUUGACAUUAUUCAGUCUACCAUUUUAUGUCCACACUGAUGACUGUGUAUUAAUAAGACUUCCACCUUUUCCUUUUGUUAAAAAAUGAAGCCAAAACACUGCCUCAGUGGGCCCUGCUGUUAGUACCGGUACAGUUUAUUGGAGCUAAGGCAUGCAGAAGUAAGUUGGCUGGAGGAGCUGUGAGAUUGACAUCAAGCCCAAAAUCAAAGCACACAUCACGAUAUCGCAUGCAGCAAAACAGAAUCUCGUGUUGAUCUGAAGUCGACACACAUUUAAUGGAAAUGUAUUGACUUCUGUGUUAGUGUUUGUUACAAUUAUCUUGCUGUUAAUUCUCUACUCCCCAGUCAGGAGCCUGCAUUUGUCAAUCAUGACACCAAAUAAUUAACUAGUACUGAACCUCUCCAAGAACUUAACAUUUGCUAUUCAGUCAGCCUAAAAAUGGUCUGUCAUGCUGUAGAAAAGUUUAUGUGAACAGGAAUCCAGUUUUCUAGUUUGAACCAUGUUUCAUCUGUUAUAAUUUUAUAAAUGGAGAGGGCGGAGUUUAUGAUCAGUACUGCAGCCAGUCACCAAGACAAGUUUUGGGUAUUCAUGUUAUUCAUACAAACGUUGGUUCACAAAGAAACACUCUUCAAAGCUUAGGCACAAUUUUUAUUCAUCUCACACAGAUGUGAAUCAAUACCUGUGCUAAUUAUCUCUGAUUACAAAAUUAAAUUCGAUGUUCUGACCAGUGAAAAAAAAAAGUUGAACUUGAAACGUGCGUGUUAGCCUCAGCUGUAUCAGUUUUAAGUGCUUAUUUACAUACGUACUGUUUCUGAAUCUUUUAGUGAAAGGAAAAGUAAAUCUUUGUGAGGCCACACAAUACUAUAGCCUCUUAUUUCAUAACUAUGGAAGUUACUUUAAUAGCGUGGAGCAGGGACAAAGAUCACAUGUCCCAAGAGGCUGAAAUAUCCACUCACUUGAUGGUGAAGUACAAAAAUAUAAUAGGCUAGUGUGUGACAGAUGGUCCACAAAAAAUAACAGGAAAUAUUAGCAAACAUUUUUAUUUGUUGUUUUCUUUCUUUCAGACCUCCUGCUGAUGAUCAUCCUGAGUGCAGUGGCUGCUCUACUGGUCAUUUUUAUCAUUGCGCUGGUUGUGGUCUGUGUGGUUUUACGGUAAAUUCGUCUGUUUUCUGUUUUACUUUUCUAAAUAAUUUAUAUAAUAAGUAGCUUGAGUGAAUCACUGACUGAAAAGAAAUCACUCAGGAAACUUCGAGAGCCUUAAUCUUAAACCUUUAUUUUCCCAAAAUAAUUUCUUGAUGAAUUUGCUGCUUGCUUGAUGCAGCAUGUAAAGUCUCUCGUUGUCUCUCCUCUCUAACAGAAAAAAGAAGGAGAGACUGAAUGACCUGGUAUCCGUCUACAAUCCAAAUGGCACCAGCUUCCUACCAGGAAAUAACGGCUUUCCCAAAUCACGUGAAGAUAACGAGUCUCAUGUGUAUGCCUCCAUUGAGGACACGCUGGUCUACACGCAUCUUCUCAGACAGGGGAGAGAGAUGGGCAUGUAUGGAGAGUUUGACGCCUACGCAGGACGUGCAGACUCACAAAAGCCGCUGGUCUCCAAAGACAGCGGGGACAAUGAUGCACAUGUUGGGACUUACCGACCUUUUCAGUACCAAUCUCAGCAGGCGCCUCCCCUUCCCGUCAGACCCCCGAGCCACACUGGCCCUAUGGUGGAGAACGAAAUUUACCAGACUGAGGCCCAAAGCAAAGAGGAGAGUUCUCCCAAUCUGGGGCCACGUCUGGAGCCAGAGGGAGGGAACUGAGGAGAAGAUUGGAUUCAGCUUUCUGCUUUCCACUUGACCUCCAUGGACCCUAAGACUUUUAUUCCCUGGCUUCUGUGUGAUUACCUGAUGUGCGACACUGGGAGAUGCUUUUGUUUUUUUCUCUCUUAAGCAUCAUUUUGCACCAAAGCAGGGUACACAAAAUGAUCCUACUCAAACCUGCCUGCAGCUGUUACUGUGUUUUAUCCCACAUGAAGGCACAUUUGAUUGUCAAAGCAGAGCACAAUCAUCUCUUUUUAUUCCAAUUUCCAUACAAGUUUUGGGCAACGAUUUCUUACGUAAUAUUUUGAACUUGAACUGAGGCAAACUUAUGCUGUUUACAUGCUUAGUUUUUUGUUUUUAAGUUAGAUUGCUGAGAGGAAUAUUUUAACUCUGUGCCCUCUGCCUGCAUCAUCAAAACAUGAUGACCCGCAUUGCAGGAGAUUGCAGCAUCUGUAUUUGUGCCUGGAUCCACUCUCGCUCUAUUAUAUAUUUGCACUUGCAGCUUCUCUUAGGAUGUAUACACAUAGCCUCAUUACACCAUGUGCCUCACAAAUACUCCUGCUAGUACAGCCGUUACAGUC